AUGAAUGAAACGAAAGAAGAUACUUCCGACAGAGCAGAUGAGGUGUCAUUAGAAAAUCUGUCCUUUGAAAAACUCUCGUUUGAAAAAUUAUCAUCAGAAAAAGAUUCAUCAGAAAAAGAUUCGUCAGAAAAAGAUUCGUUAGAAAAAGAUUCGCUAGAAAAAGAUUCAUUAGAAAAAGAUUCAUUAGAAAAAGAUUCAUUAGAAAAAGAUUCGUUAGAAAAGCCCUCGUCAGAAAAACCCUCGUCAGAAAAACCCUCAUCAAAAAAACCUUCAUCUGAUAAAGAGGAGGACGAAAAAAAAAAUGCAGUAAAAAAUAAAAACUUAAAAAAAAGUAACAAAAAGAUUAUCAAAAAGAAUAAAAAGAAAGGGAAAUUAAAAAAAAAUAAUACAAAAGAAAAUCAAACAGCUACUACAAUUUCAAAUAAUGAUCAUAAUAAGAAUAAUCAUGUUUGUAGUAAUAAAUCUAAUAAUCCUAUGAUUAUUCCUUCUCAUAUCCCACCGCCUCCACCUACAUCAAAACCUCCCCCUCCGCCACCUCCAAAAGAAAAAAAUCAAAUUGAAAAAUGGACUUUAAGAAAAAAUUCAACCUAUAGUAUCAGAACAAAUAUUGAUCUACACACAACAACAAACGGAAAUUUAAUUAGUAAUAAUAAUUUUUCAAAUAUUUUAAUUACAAAUCAAAAUAAUAAUCAUAAUAUACAACAUAUUAUAAACAAUACAAACAGGAAUAUACAAAAUGAUAAUAUAAAUAAUAUUGCUAUUCAUUCGACUGGUUCACUUUCAAUAGGUAAUAAUCAAAUAGUAGGGAAACCAACCUUAACUCCUAAAACAAUAAAUAAUCAAUGGAAUAUAAAUAAUAAUUAUAAUAAAAAAGGAGAACAUAAUAUAAAUGUGAAGAAAUUAAGUUCUGUUGACUUAAAAGUUUCUACAAAUUAUAAUAUCAAUGCAAAUAAUAAAAAAAAUGAUAUUAUUAAUAAUAAUAUGAUGUAUUAUAAUAUCACAAAUAAUAUUAUAGAUAAAGACAAAUAUAAAAAUCAUAUUCAAAUACGACAUGCAUCAUAUUAUCAAAAUAGAAAUCCUAUAAAUCUAAUUAAAGAACAAGAAGAUAAAAACAAAAAAAAUACUCUCUUACCAAAUAGUAAUAUUAACCAAAUAAAUACAGAUCCUAUAUAUUAUAUGAACAAAUCAUCAUAUGAAUAUAAUAUAAAAGGAAACGUUAUAUACCCUCCAAAGUUUCCAGCUCUAUCGAACAUUUCUUCAACUAGGCCAUAUAUGUUGAAAGCCCCCCCCGAACUUGUUUUAAUUUUUUUAGCCUUACCUAAGACAUCAUCCAAAAUUUUAAAAAAAAAUGCGGGUGGAUUUCCGAGUUAUUCAAAGGAGGCACCUCCACCUAAUCAUUUUUCAUCGAGAAAAUUAUCAGAGCCUAUUAUAAAUAUGUGCCCAACUAAUAUGAAAUGUCUGCCACCAGUUCCAGGCUCUUUCCAUGAAAGCAAAAUGGUCCCUAUGAAAUACCAUCCAUAUGAAUCGCAUGUGGAUAAUAUGAAAUAUUCUUAUAAAGCCAAAGGAAAUAAAAUGAAUACACCUAUGAGUGAUAAAAAACCCCAUAAUAUAAUAGUUACAAAUAUACCUAAAGAUUUAAGCGCACAAGAAAUCAUGGAAACUUUUAAAUGUGUAGGGAAUGUGUUAGGAGCCGACAUAAUGUUAACAAGCAAGGGUACCCAUUCUGGGCGUGCUUGUAUUACAUUUCCUGAUUUUGAAUCGGCCUCGCUAGCAGCAAGUCAGUAUGACGGGGGAACCUUAAACAAUCAAAAAAUUAAAGUAUUUUUAGAAUGA